AUUUUAUUUAUAUAUUUGGUACUGUCUGGUACUUACAUAUUCAGUAUCAAGUAUUUUAAUACAGUAAUCUAAUACAGUAAAAUAAUAAAGAUAGUGUAACAGCAUGUGGUGGGGAUACAGUCCUGCAUUAGAUAUUCAGUUUGAAGUUAAUAAAAGUGAAAUUAAUUAUCUAGGUAAAUGUAUUGAGGUAUUAAUUAUAGGUGCUAGCGAUGCCAGACAUAUUAUGAAGACAUUAGCAUCAUCUUAUUUGUAUCGCGACCGCAUUGUUACAUACAAUGUAAUUGAAUCAACAUUGGAACAAGUAGCUAGAUCCAUUUUUUUAUUAAGCACUUGUUUAGAUAGAAAUUUAGGAUUACAAGAAGCAACACGAUAUUAUUUGGAAAUAUUUGGUAAUACUCUUGUAAGACCUGCGAGUGCUAAGUACUUGGUGAAGCAUUCUAAUCAAUUGGCAGAUAUUCCAACAAAUUCAAUUGACUGUCCUUGGUUAAGUUUAGAAAAAUUUAAGCAUAAGGACAAAGAUCAGCUGGAAACAAUUUUUAAAUUUUGGGAGCGCGCAACACGCGAGAAUGUUCCUAUUGUGAAAUAUUGGGAUGAAAGAGUUAGAAGAUUAUUGAAAACAAGGUAUGAUUACAGAGAAGGUGUUUUUGAUUGGGAUUAUCAUAUGAUUUUAAAGUCUAGAGGUAUUUCAAAUUUAACUAUACAAGAAUAUAGAUUUUGGAGAAAUAAUGGAAUUGCAUUUACUUGGUUGGAAGGUGAACCCGUUAGAAGCAAUCCAACAUUAUUAAGUAACAUAGUACAACAUGGACCUGGAUUUAUACAUUAUACUUAUUUAGGAGAUAUUGUAAACGGUCCUUUUUUUGCUUGGUUGUUACAGGAAACAAAGCACAGUCAUAUUAAAUAUAGGGCAACUGAUAUAGCUGAACGAGAAAUUAUGCGUUGUAUACAUGAAAUUAAAACACAAGAACCAUUUUGCGAAGAUCUUGUUGCAUCGCAUAGAGAUUCUUCUAUAGUAAAUGGUACAUUAGUAACUGAAAUGCCAAGUAACGAUAUGGAACAAGAAUUAUGGGAAAGAAGAAGAAAUAAAUAUAAGAAAAACAAUCUAUCUUGGAUAGAUAUUAAAAAUCAUAAGGUGAUUUUUCACCCUCUAAAGUCUUUGGAAGUUUUCAAACAUAAAACAGAAUAUAUUAAUAAAUUUGACUUUAUAUGGAUAGCUCAUAAUAUGACAGAACAAUUGCCUAAUCUUAUACCAUUGAUAAAAAAAGGAGGAAUUAUGUUGAUGGAAUUGAAAAAGCAUCUAGUGGAAUUACGAGAAGAAAAUUUACAAACUUUUGUAAAAGAAUUGAAAAAUACAGCUCAAAAAAAUGGACUGUAUGAAAUUAGUGAUAUAAAUGCUAAAGAACAUUGUAUUGCCAGAUUUUGUAAAAAUUAAAUAUUUAUAAAUAAAUACUAAUGCAAAUUAA